CACAGGGCCCGUGCUGCCGGCGAGGGAGAUCAAGCGGAGGCCGGGGCCACGGGGCCACUCUCCUCCCCAUCCCCGCCUCCCCGUCGAGGCUCAGCUUAGCCCCAGACGGUGGGCGCACGUGUGUGCCCGUGUGCACACGUGUCUCCGUGUGCCGCCCGCCCUCCCAUUAAUAGAUCCCAUUUAGGAUCGGCGGCCGUAGUCGGCGGGUGAGAGAUCGGAGUCGGCGACGCGACGCUGAUCGAUCUGUUGGCCGGCCUGAACGCCCCCCGCCUCGCCACCACCACCACCACCACCACCACCACCGGCGGCUCCCUCUGCUCCACUCCCAAGGCCUUGCUCCUCGCCAUGGAAGAAUGGGACGCUCCCCAGAUGAAGAAGGAAGUGGAGAGCCUCAAGCACCAGCUGGCCUUCAAGCGGGAGAUGUCCUCCAAGACGAUCCCAGAGCUGCUCAAGUGGAUCGAGGACGGGCUCCCCAGCGACCCGUUCCUAAACCCGGAGCUGAUGAAGAACAACCCGUGGGUGGAGAGGGGAAAGUGCGCCAUCCUGUAGCCGCGCCGCCCGCCUCCGGUACCGGCCGCCUUUCCUAGGGACUGGGCUGACGCUUCGCCGUCGGGCCGGGCCGCCGCGCGCUGAAAUAAACGACGGCAGCAG